CCUUGGUGACUGUAUCUCUCCAGCUCUGUCAGCUCCAUUUUCUCCACCAUGAGUCGGCAACUGAACAUCAAGCCUAGCGGUGACAAGUGCAACUUCAGCAUGCUUUCUGCAGUGCUGCCGAGGAGGGCUGUGGGUAGCAUGGCCUCCUACCGUGCCACUGGCCAAGGAGCUGGGGCUGGCUUUGGCAGUCGGAGCCUCUACAGUCUUGGAGGGAAUCGGCAUAUUUCCUUCAACCUGGCAGGAAGCAGCAUUAGGGAUGGAGGGUACAGCUUUGGGUAUGGCUCUGGGUAUGGGGGGGGGCGGGCCAGUGGCUUUGCUGGUAGCAUCUUUGGCAGUAUGGCUCUGGGGCCUGCAUGUCCAUCGGUGUGCCCACCUGGGGGCAUCCACCAGGUUACUGUCAAUAAGAGCCUCCUGGCCCCCCUCAACGUGGAGUUGGACCCUGAGAUUCAGAAAGUGCGUACCCAGGAGCGGGAGCAAAUCAAGGUUCUGAAUGACAAGUUUGCCUCCUUCAUCGACAAGGUGCGGUUUCUGGAGCAGCAGAACCAGGUGCUGGAGACCAAGUGGGAGCUUCUGCAGCAGCUGGACCUCAGCAACUGCAGGAAGAACUUGGAACCCAUUUAUGAGGGUCACAUCAGCAGCCUGCGGAAGCAGCUGGAGACACUGUCUGGGGACAGAGUGAGGCUGGACUCAGAGCUGAGGAGCAUGCGGGAUGUGGUGGAGGACUACAAGAAGAGAUACGAGGUGGAGACUAACCGGCGCACAGCAGCUGAGAAUGAGUUUGUGGUGCUCAAGAAGGACGCAGAUGCAGCUUACACAGUCAAGGUGGAGUUGCAGGCCAAAGUGGACUCUCUAGAAAAGGACAUCAAAUUCCUCAAGUGUCUGUACGAUGCGGAGAUAGCCCAGAUUCAGACUCAUGCCAGUGAGACCUCUGUCAUCCUGUCCAUGGACAACAACCGGGACCUGGACCUGGACAGCAUCAUCGCGGAAGUCCGGGCUCACUAUGAGGACAUUGCCCUGAAAAGCAAAGCUGAGGCCGAGGCUCUGUACCAGACCAAGAUCCAGGAACUGCAGCUGGCAGCUGGACGGCAUGGGGAUGACCUCAAACACACCAGGAAUGAGAUGUCGGAGCUUAACCGGCUCAUCCAGAGGAUCCGCUGUGAUAUUGCCAAUGUGAAGAAGCAGUGCUCCAACCUGGAGACGGCCAUAGCUGAUGCUGAGCAGCGAGGAGACAGUGCACUCAAGGACGCCCGGGCCAAACUGGAUGAGCUGGAAAGCGCCCUGCACCAGGCCAAGGGGGAGCUUGCUAGGUUGAUGCGUGAGUACCAGGAGCUCAUGAGCCUGAAGCUGUCCCUGGACAUGGAGAUCGCCACCUACCGCAAGCUGCUGGAGGGUGAGGAGUGCAGGAUGUCUGGUGAGAAUCCAUCACCCGUGAGCAUCUCUGUCAUCAGCAGUGGCAGCUAUGGUUAUCACCCCAGCUCUGUGAGUGCCGACCUUGGGGCCAGCAGUGCAGCUGGCAGCCCCAACAGUCCCCGAAGUGGUGGCCAGACCAAGACCCGAGGGGCACGAGCAGGAGACCUCAUGGAAUCCCAGGACAAGAGUGCCCCAGUCAGCCCCCAAGCCGGGAAGACCACUCGAUAA